UGGGUUGUUGCGCCGCCGGAGCUGGUCUCUCGGUGCAGCGGGAUAGCGCCGCAGCCCUCUGCCGCUGCCAGGCGCUUCCCCUCGGAUUCGGACAUCUGUGUAAAGGGCCGGUCCCAGACAGAACUUCUGCGGCUUCAGAAUGCUUCCUACCGUGCUGUCAUUCUCUGCUCUGCUAGUGGCUUGCUACGCGCUUCCUAGAAACCAGAUUCACCUGGCACUUUCUGGCAGUGAAGUACGCUCCGUCUUUGACGCCGACUCACAUAGCGCAGUACCUGAGUAUCAACUAGUAAACAUAAGGGCGAGAACGCGGCGCAAUGCAGCGGGGGGCAUUAAGAAACAGGUAUCAUUAGAUGCUUUCGGGGAGCGAUAUGACUUGAAUUUAGAGAAGAAUGAAGACCUCAUGGCGGACAAGUUUGACAUAUUCUAUGCCGAUCCGGCCGAGGAUGGCGGCACGAGCUUCCAGAGAGCCGUAGAGGCUGAGCUGCUGGACGUGGGCGACCCGUACCAGGACCGGGAGGCCGAAGCGGCACUGCUCGUCCACCAUGACCAGGACAACGACGCCCUGCUCCUGGAUGGCACGAUCGGCACCACGCUCGUGAUCCGGCCUCUGCCCUCGUCGGCGCGCGCUCACCUGGACAGGGAGGCCGAGACUAACCCCAACGAGCUGCCUCCCGACGACGAGUUCUUCCUGGACGAGGAAGAGAACCUGCAGGACGAGGGAAUCAUGGAGGAUGGCUUUCCCCUGCACGAAUUCCACAACAGUUCCCGCCGUGUUCGGCGUCGUGUUCACAAAAGUCACGCACAGGGCCUGCACUUCGUCUACAAGCGGGCGGCACCUGUGCUGAAGAGCGACUACGGUCUGAUGGAACUAGACGCGCUGCCGACGGCCGCCCGCCGCUCCCGACGCAGGAGAUCGGCACCCUCCGUCAUCUACCCGGAGGUUCUGAUCAUCAUCGACUACGACGGCUUCUUGCUCCAUGAUCAGGACAACAACAAGAUCAAGAAGUAUUUCACCAGCUUUAUGAACGGCGUCGAUCUGCGGUACAAACAGCUGCGCAAUCCCGAGAUCAAGGUCAACAUAGCCGGCAUGAUUAUCUCUCGGGGCGCCGACGCCACACCGUACCUGGAGGAGAACAAGGUGACGAGGGACUCGAUCGACUCGGCCGCCGCUCUCACCGCCAUGGGCAAAUACCUGUUCGAGGAGCGACGCCUGCCGACAUACGACAUUGCUAUGGCGAUCACCAAGCUUGACAUGUGCAGAAAAGACUAUGACUAUGGACCAUGUAACACGGGAACGGCUGGCUUCGCGUACGUCGGUGGCGCGUGCGUCGUCAACAAGCGGCUGACCAAGGUGAACUCGGUGGCGAUCGUGGAGGACACGGGCGGCUUCUCGGGCAUCAUCGUGGCUGCCCACGAGCUGGGCCACCUGCUGGGCAAUGUACACGACGGCUCACCGCCGCCAUCCUACCUGGGCGGGCCGGGCGCCAAGCGCUGCCGCUGGGAGGAGGGCUUCAUCAUGUCCGACCUGCGGCACACCGAGAAGGGCUUCAAGUGGUCGCCCUGCAGCCUGGAGGAAUUCGACCACUUUCUCAACGGCGAGACGGCCACGUGCCUGUACAACGCACCGCACGAGCGCAACAACCUGGACCGCCACCUCCCCGGCAAGCUGCUCUCGUUGGACGCGCAGUGUAAGCGGGACCGCGGCACGAGCGCCUGCUUCAAGGACGACCGGGUCUGCGCGCAGCUCUUCUGCUUUGACCAGGCGACGGGCUACUGCGUGUCCUAUCGCCCAGCGGCUGAGGGCUCGCCCUGUGGUGUCGGCAAGUACUGUCGGGACGGCUACUGCGUGACGGACGACAGCUCCGGGAACGGCUUCGGUCCCAUCUCCUACGGCUCCAGCGACUACUUCACCAGCGCCACCCAGACGAGGCCGGUGUGGACGGACCCUCCCAUCCAGACCACCGAGAAGUCCACCACUAAAAAGCAAUGGAGUUCGAGCUGGGGAUCCAAUCGAUCAACUCGCGAGAUUCAUGGCAGCACCCAGACUACUACCACUUCAAGAACAACGACCACCAGAACCACGCCCACCACCACCACUACAACCACCACGCCAUCAACUACAACCAGGAGCUGGUUCACCAAGCGACCCAAAGCCAACAGUCGAUGGACGGCCUGGAGAAAGUCAACACGUGCCUCCACCACUACAGCGGCAACCACCACCACCACCACCAGAAGAACAACAACCAGAACAACCAGGAGGACGACAACCAGAACCACGAGACAAACGACAGCGGCGAGCACUGCAGGGGUCAGCAAGACCGAGCGGAACAGCGCGGCUAACGCCAUCAAGAGCUCUUCCAAAGAUGGGAGCAGCGGACAGUGCGUGGAUCGCGUCAAUCGGCUGGUGGGCCAUCUCUCCUGCAAGCAGUUCAUCCAGCGGUACGGCUACCGCUACUGCUCCCGCAAGUACGUGCAGCGCAACUGCUGCGCCACGCACAAACGCCUGUGUUCCAACUCCGGGGCGUUCAGCGGGUAACGUCGGCCGCCUCGCCUCCGGGCCAAACUGUCUCCGGACCCACGCGGGCGUGGGCCGGCAGGCGGCCGCCGCCGCGCUCUUGUUGAUACUGAGUUGUUACGGGCCCCGCCGGCGGUGCGGCCCGCCCGGCCGGGGGGCGCCGCCGCCGCCAGGACGCGCCGGGCGGCGCCGGACGCUGCCAACGAGCGCCAGACCCGUCCGCCGUCCCGCCGGCCUGCAGUGAAACGUGAAAACGCCAUAUCGUGUUAGUCGUGAAUCACUGAGAAAUCAAACUCGCGCGCGAGAAUCCGACCGGCACUGGACCUGGAAAUUGAUCACUUCACUGUACCUCACAACCAAAGAGUCUCACAUCGCCGCCUGGUGCCUGGUCGCGUGUGCACCGUCUGCUGCGCUGACAAAUUACUGUAUCCUCUACCGCUGUCCUGCACUGCACUUCACAGCCGCGAAGUCUCAUGAUCCAUUGCAGCGUAACCGGCAUCAUCGUCAAGAAGCAAUCGUCCAUGUUUCCGCCCGACAAAUGCUAUUAGUCGUCUUCAUUUUGUGUAGAGCUGUCGGUUCACUCAGUGACCGCCGCAUAGAGAGAACGUGUCUCGUAGCAUUACGCCGAUCGCGGAGGCACGAGUGUUACAAGUCCGUCGCUAGGUGGCAGUAUUUGUAGAAUAAUUGCAGUAUAGAUGUCGUCUGCUCCGGACUGUGAAUCUGCGAAGCCAAACGGCGCAUGAAAUACAUAUUCGUGAAAUACA